CAUUCACUCAGAUAGAGGAUGUUUCAUAUCGCGACUGUGAUCUUGCUGACGUUGACUGUGAUCUGCGGCAGCCAUGGAAUGGGAUGGUUCUCAAGAGACGGAGUCUGCGUGGCGUCAGCGCCAUGCACCUGUCAUCCUAAUGAGAUCCUGUGCAGUGGCCUCCAGCUACGUGCCAUGCCAACCUUCAUCCCGAGGGACGUCUCAAAUGAGUCCGAGGCUGGCGGGCAUAUGUCUAAUGCCUUCUUCCAGAUGUACUCCAACAAUAUUGAGGUCAUUAAUGACCGCGCCUUCUGCAACCUGACGUUUGCGCUGUCCACCAGAGUGUACAUGUUUCUGCAAUCCAACGCCAUCUCAUCCAUGGCAGACAACGCCUUCGACUGUAUUCAGAACAACGUCCACUACAUCGUUCUUCAAAAUAAUCGACUGACUGCACUCCCAGUAGCGAUGCGAAAGCUAACGAAUUUGAAAGAACUGUAUCUUGAAAACAAUCCCUUAGUGCGAUUAAACCCGUUGGUAAUGAAGCAACUGGGGCCGACAUUGACCAAUCUUCAUCUGGACUUGGACCGUUUUUCAAAAUGGCCUUCUGAACUUAGCCAUUCGCGUGUGUUGUGGUCUCUCGAAGCCAACAAUAUAACUUUCCCUUCCAUCCCAGAAGAUGGUUUUCCUGGGUUUCCUUCGUCGCUUAAAGGCCUCCGGUUCCACAACUCACGGCUGACAUCCCUGCCUCGAAGUUUAUGUCGAAUUUCUCUCCUGCUUCUUGCACAGGUAGAGGUUUUGGAACCAAUUGAUCUCAAGGACAUCGUACCGUGUGUGAGGAAAGUUCAGAUUACCAUGAAUGAGUCAAACGGUCUCCUGGAGUAUUUCAUAGAGACUCGGAACGUGACAAAAUCUAACUGACCUUGUAUCACAACGUACGGGGUUAGCAAAAAGCCGCGUAACUCAUUAAUUUCACAAAUAUGGAAAAUAUUCAGACCCGCGCGUUCUUCGAACCAACAUGUGUAUGUUAAUACAGGGUUUAACCGUACACGGGCAUUUAACUCGUGUUCAUAAACUUUAUCUUGAUGAAUGUGAUCGUGCUAAAGACAAAUUCUUAGAUAAACAUGUAUUUUAUUUUAAAAAAAUUAAUAAAGGCAUAUAUAUGUAAGAAAUUUAAACUAAGUUAACUUAGAAACGAAUGAUACAAAUUCAUUUUUCCAAAGUUUUCGUUUGUUUUUAUAUAACAUUUUUAUGAGAUGGUACACAAUUUAUUUUAAGGAACAAUCGCCAGUUUGAAGCCGGAAAAAAAUAUCGAUGUACCCUCGUUGAGGUAUAACUUUUUAAAAUUAUUUUAAUACAACAAACGGGUCCGUUUUUCUUACUAAAAGACAAAAUUUUCAAAACACUGACGUUUUGCUUGAAUUAAUAUUGCUGUAACAUUUACACUACUAAUACUGAAAUGCUACGUUUUAAACAUUGCAAACAAAGUUUAUAAAAUAAACCAUAAUUAGGCAGUUAUCAUACCUCGUUGGUUGUGUGCUGUACGUAAUCUAAGUAUGUCCCGUAUUAUAAAUAUGAGUUGUAUUAAAUGUUACAAGUCAAACACCGAUGACUAUAUACUUAUUACAUCAUUAUGUAAAAUGUC